AAUCGCAUUCAGGCAAGUGUUGUCGUCCAUUCUGCUGAUACCUAUCUAGAUGGGAGUCCUUGCUCUUCCUGUUCUUCAUGUUCUUCCUCUUCUGUUGCCAUCAAAAAUCGAACUUCACUCUAUCCCUCUUAUCCUAACCACAUACUAAAUCAUUCCGAAUGUCCGCCAACAAAACAUUUUUCACCCUCUUCUCCUUCUCCCUUUCUCGCCUCCAUUGGACUUUGCGUUCAUCCGCCCGAUCAUGAGCACAACCGAAAAUCCCUUAAAGGGUGUUUGUUGCCUCCUUCUAUUUCCUCUCCUCCACUUACUCAUAUCGCUGGUUCUGUUCUUCCAUCACAUCUUCCCCUCCCUCCACAACCAUCUCUUCUGAAUGAAAAUUUAUGCUCCAUUACUCCUCCCUCACUCCCUAAACUCUCGCGUUCUCCAUCGCAUUCACAUAUACCGAUCUAUAACUAUAGUAAUCUACCAUGUCCCUGCGAGGAUAACACUGGCCCAAUUCUACUGACAAAAAGGGCCGACGGCUUGCCUAGCACGGUAACUGUUUCGUCCUCUGAGUUCCGGUCGCCUUUCAGAUUGCUCCAGCAAGAUCCCAUUAGGCUGCCAGGAUCAGAAUCUACUUACCAGGAUCAUUUGGAUUGCGGGAUGGCACGUAUUAAGGUCCCGUAA